CGGCAAUUCUACUUAGGUACCAAAUUUGAACACUGUAGCUUAGCCGCCAUGCAAGGUAUGAGCUCACAUCAAGCGCCUAUCGUCAACCCUGAUGUCAACAGUUCUGACGACACAGCCUGAAAUAUCACAUUAGGCAAUGGCGCACAGCUCUAAAUGGACGGCGUAAUCGCUGCCGAGAACACAACAACUCAUCACCAAUGGCUGAACCCACCGCCAAUUUUGGGCCGGAUGAGCAUAAAAGUGUGCGUAAAUUUGGGCGGGAGAAUUCGAAGAUUUUCCGGAACGUGCUCGUUUGGCUCUCAGUGUAUUUUCUGAGAGUUGUAGGGUACUUGAAAUGUGUACUAACCGGACUCUCACAAUGUUUGCCUAUCGAAUAUUCGGUAGUGGAGCGUUGGAGAUGGAUACUUGAUAAAGAGAAAAUCCCCAUGCUCUAUUUCUGGGUUACGAUUGAAAAGUAUUUCAUGAAACUUUUGAGUGUUGUCAUAUGCCGAUUUUCAAUUUAUUCUAUCAUGUGUGAAAAUAUACCUGGAAACAAAAAUAGAGCCAUACGGUCGAAAGAACCAAGUUCCAUGCGUCAUUGGUGUUGCAAAUACAGUCUAAACAAGCAAGAAUAUCUUCAGUCACGCAAGUCAAGUUUUCUUGGAAAAAAAUUGAAUGAAGGGUGUUUGAUAAUACCAACCAAAAUCGAAGAAAUUAAAAACUUCCUGUCAAAUAUUGAGACUGAUAGCCAUCGCAAGUGUUUACAAACUUCAAAUAGAAUUGGGAGUUCAAAACUUCCCCCAAAUGUCCAGGGAUUCGCCGAAAUAACAGGGAAGCUUCGAGCAUCGACCGAUACCGUUCAAAAUAUUUCCAUUUCGGCUCGCCCUUGUGCCGCUAACAGCAAAUGUUGGAAUUCGAGGCUGUUGCUGCUGAUGCUCUUCACCACCGCUGCUUUCAGUUUCUCUUCCGCCUCAGUCGUACCGAGGAGAGUUCCAAAAGAGUCGGAAAUUGGCCAAGUGGAAGUGGUGGAAGGACUGAACGCAACUCUGCCGUGUGCAGUUGACUUCCCGCCAAAUGACGUCCCGGUUUUGACAUUGUGGUACAUUGGGCCCGAAGAAACUCCAGUAUACAGUUACGACCAGCGGCCUCGAAGCAACAGUUCAGGCUGGGCAGACCCGACAGUGUUCGGUUACAACAGAGUGCGCUUCAUGCCGCACUGGCGCCCUCCAGCUUUACACUUCAGUAAUGUACGGCGCGGGGACAGUCGAGUUUAUCGUUGCAGGGUCGACUUCCAGCACGCCAACUCUCGCAUGGCCUGGAUCAGGCUACUAGUUAUCGUUCCGACGUCACGUCUGGACUUGACCGUACACCAGUCGCCUGUGAUGCCGGGAUCUCGAGAAGACGUCACCUGUACGGCGUCUGGAGGCUGGCCUCCGGCCCGCAUAAUCUGGCUACAAGAAGGGCAAGUGGUUGACGCUAACUACCACAUCAACAAAAAUAAAGGCAUCUCCUACAACGCUCUGGAGGCUGGAGCGUCCAGUGGAGACCUACUCUCACCCUUCGUGUGCCAGGCCUCCAACAACGACAUCAUGACGCCACUGACGACGACCUACACCCGCAACGUUACAUGUGGCUACCUAAAUGUUGAAAUAUAUGCUGCAGGUUACGACCAGCGGCCUCGAAGCAACAGUUCAGGCUGGGCAGACCCGACAGUGUUCGGUUACAACAGAGUGCGCUUCAUGCCGCACUGGCGCCCUCCAGCUUUACACUUCAGUAAUGUACGGCGCGGGGACAGUCGAGUUUAUCGUUGCAGGGUCGACUUCCAGCACGCCAACUCCCGCAUGGCUUGGAUCAGGCUACUAGUUAUCGGUGACGUGUGCGUGGAGAAAAGUUAUGCUGUUGUUCACACUAUGCUGAACACCGGCAAUGUGACUUACGACCAGCGACCUCGAAGCAACAGUUCAGGUUGGGCAGACCCGACAGUGUUCGGUUACAACAGAGUGCGCUUCAUGCCGCACUGGCGCCCUCCAGCUUUACACUUCAGUAAUGUACGGCGCGGGGAUUUCGGUCCGCUGAGUGUGCUGGUCGAGGUGUCGACGUGGCCACAAGUGGAGGGCGUGGAGGUGUCCCUGCGGUGCACCGUCGUCGGCAGCAACCCUCCGGCCAGGGUGCAGUGGUACCAGCACAGCCGUCCUCUCACGCGCGGCAGUGUUAACGUGACGCGUGUCGGGGACGCUACGGUGAGCGUGCUGAGGCUGAUCCCGAUGCGGGAGCUGCACGGCAGACAAAUUGUGUGUCGUGCAGAGAACCCUAUGGUCAUACGGCCCGCUGUUGAAGACAUCGUCACUCUCGACGUGUCGUACCGACCCAACGCGACGGUAACUCUCGUGUGGCCGCAAAUCUCCCGCAAUCUCCAGGAGGGCACCAAACUUUUGCUGCAGUGUCAUGUCGAUGCCAACCCACCGCCUCAGUCGUUCGCCUGGCUACAUAACGGCCGUAAGUUGACCUCGAACGAGACUGUGGGACUGUCUUUGACGUGGUCGCACUUGACGCUGCAGCGCGCGACCAGCGACUGGUCAGGCGCCUACCAGUGCACCGCUGCAAAUGUUGAGGGAGAAGCCAUCAGCAACACUGUCUUUGUCAACAUUAAAUAUGCUCCUCGGUGCACGCUUCCUCCCUCUUUCCGCGGCCUCGCUCUUUUCGACCAAGUCAUCAUAAACUGCGCAGUCGAUGCGGAUCCCGACAAUGUUACUUUCCGCUGGACUUUCACCAAAUCUACGGGCAAUGAUCGAUUCCGGCUGAUAUCAAACGACUGGUAUUCAUCAGAAGGACUGCGUUCAACACUCAAGUACGUUGUUGAGAGCCCGGAAGAUUUCGGAGUAAUCAAUUGCGAAGCCACGAACGCAGUCGGUCCUCAGGCUGUGCCAUGCAAGACAACACUUGUUUCUGUUGGCAUCCCAGAAGAGGUCAGAGGCUGCAUGGUCACCAACGUCACUGCCACCACCGCCACCGUCAACUGCAUGGCUGGCUAUGAUGGGGGACUAAAACAAAGUUUCAGAAUUCAGGUAUGGCAGACGCAGGACGAGGGGCUGGUGUACUCAGACAUCUUAGAGUCUGGGACAGCGACUCGCUACAGCAACACCUCCACAUCCGUCGCUCCUUCAGCCGGUUUCGCUCCUGCAAUGCACGCGGGAAAUCCGGCCUCUGGAGCGGAUGACGUUGAAGGAGAAAGGAUUCCUGUGUUUCAUGACAGAGAAACUUUUAUGCCCGAAAGAAUACAGUUCUUCGUGCCUGUACUGAAGCCAAACACACACCAUUUUGCUGCUGUUACCGCCAUGAACUCACGUGGUCAAGCGAAGCCUAAAAAAUUUUACAUACGGACUCUGAGCGACGGAACUGAAACUCCUUCAUCGCCCAAACCGCGGCCAAAAAGUGUCCAGCCAAAGCGGGUCAAACAUCCGCCUUCACUGCCGGCCACUCCGGCGUACGAAGCUCAUACAACGCAUUCGUAUGUUCAAGGCCUCUCCACUCAAGUAGAAACUCCAAAGUCUCGGAUCUUCUUGUGGGUCAUCGCCAUCAUUCUCGGCGUGGGGUUUGCUAUUUUUGGUGUUGGAUUUGGCGUUUACAUGGGCAAGCGCCAGAUCAUCACGUGCUGGUAUCUGUCGUGCGGCAGGCUGUGUCGCGAUGGAUGCUGCAGCGGAAUGAGAUCAGGAACGUGUUCUGGUCGAUGCAUAGGAUGCUGGAAGCGUUGCAAAGCUCGAUGCGAAGAUUGCAUCAUGCGCAAAAAGAAUGCGUGUUCUGCGGACAACUGCAAGGAACAACUAACAGGCUGCAAGUGUAUUAGAACUUGCUGCUUAAGACUCAAGCCCAGGGGGAUCCCCAAGUUUUGUCAAGCUGAAAUUAAAGGCGAGGAUGGUGAGAGCAAGACAGUUUCCUGCUGCAUGGAGCUGUCGUCAUGCCAUAAAGGCGUGGACGACGGGGAGCCAGCCAUGGACAUGGCAACAGGACUGCGUGGGCCGGCGCUGCAGCUGCAUAGAGGGGGAACUCUGUUACUGCGUCGGGCGCUGUCCAAUAAUGACUCGACAUCUGGCAGCAUAAAGCGCGGUAAAGAUGCAGAUGGAGAAGGCAGCUACAUGAAUGGGAUGCUGGAACAAACAAUAUAUGAUUCGUCUGGAAAGUACAGAGGUUUUGCACAUAUUCCUUCACAACACCAAGUCGGAGUUCGGAGGACUCCCGAGCCAAUCAGUGAAGCGGCCCCAAACUCCACCUCGCCAUCAGAUCCAUUGCUGGUCAACGGGAAAAAACUCAGUUUCAUAGAACCAAAGCCUGCGUUUUCUGUCAAGGACCGGGAUGACUCAAGCGCGAAAAAAGACCCAGACAGAAGCGGCGGUUUCGAGGUCGAAGACCGAACUGUCACGGACCUCACAGAUCCUGAAGAGCAAAGAGAAACUGAAGGUGCAAAUAGAGAUUCAGGAGAGGGCGAAGGUGACAGAAGCAGGCCCGGUGCUCCGAAGUUUAGCGCCGUGCUCAGAAACUUUCGUCCUCCGAGUUUAGCCAAGUUUGUUCCUAAAGCCAAGGCGGCAACGAAUUCCGGCUGUGACGUCUGAUUGAUUGUGCAACAGGGGACGUAAGCUGAAAAUAACGCCAUAUUUAGGCCGGAAAACAAAACCAGGCAGCUACCUUAUAGAUUCAUCGAAAUAUACGAUUUUUACCCUAUUUCUGAUUGUUGAAAAUGUUUGAUGGGACUGAUUUACGAUCUAGAUAACCAUAAGCAUCAAAACCGGAGUUGCCAUUCAAUGUUUAGCAUUAAUCUGUUCUCACUGUAACUGAAAUUUUUGAAAGUUUAUUGAGAUUUUCGUGUUAAAUUGUGCCCCAGCCAUUUAAAUAAGAUGUUCCCUAACCAGGCUUCCAACAUAGUCGAGCUCAGUGUGUAAAGACCCGUUGUGUCAGCCUGUUGCACUUGAAUUGCUUGAAUUUUAAGCUGUUUGUUUGUGAUGCAUGAGUUCAUGUUGAGUUUAAACAAUAAUGUGGCUGUGAUAUGAUAUCAUGAUGAACGUCAUAUCAAUAACGGUUUUAUAACAACAUUUUGACCAUGUUGACUUUUUUGUAGAUUUAAGGGAUAUUGUCCUGCUUCACUAGAGAAUCGAGUUAAUUCUUUAGAAAAAUUGUUGAGAUUUGAGCUUUUGGAGAUAUUGGCAGACUCGUUCGUAUAUAUCGCUUUCCUCUAACUUCUAAAAAAGCUUCCGUCCUUUUCCGAUACUACUUUGUUUUUAGUCAAUAUAAAAAUCUAUAUCAACUAGAAUCUUUGUAAUGCAAGUAUGGAAAAUGUUGUCACUGACACAAUAAAGAAAGCCACACAAGCGAAAAUUUAUAAUGAGCAGAAUUUUAGAAUUCAAUAAGUGUUUAUAAUAUAAAUUUGAAUGAUAUUCAUACUUUCUGUAAUAAAUUGGGAUGAAUUAUUGUUCUUCAGCAAAGAAAUACAAGCAAGUUUUAAGAUACGGAACCAUAAACUACGACUUUGAAUUACGCAGUAUAUUAUCUAAAUAAUAAUUUUGGAUUUAGUGCUCGUGCUUGUGAGUG